AAGGAAAGCAAUUGGCGAGGGCCAUAUUUGCAGCAUCCACUAUGUUCAGAGUCCUUCGAGGAAGGAAAUGUUUAAAAAGCAUGGAUAGACCACAUCUCCCCACUUCCGAAAGCUCAGUCUCUGAACCCUGUGUGCCUCUUCCAUCUCCGCAGCAGAAGUGCUGUUGACUCUGCUGUUCCACGUCUGUUCAGGCCACGGUAACAAAAUACUGUAGCCAGGUGGCUCAUGAACAACAGAAGUGUAUUUCUCACAGUUCUGGGAACUGGGAAGUCCAAGGUCAUGGUGCUAGAAGAUUGACUGUCCAGAGAGGGUCUGCUUCCUGGUUCAUAGUCAGAGCCUUCGUGCUGUGUCCUCACAUGGUAGAAGGGGUGGGAGAGCUCUCUCCGGCUUCUCUUUUAUAAGACCACCAAUCCUUUCCCAAAGACCCGGCCUCCCAACACAGUCACACUGGUGAUUAGGUCUCAAGAUAUGAAUCUGGGGGAGACACAAGCAUUCAGAUUAUAGCAGGCACUGAGCAGAAACACUGCCCAGGAUAGGGCUUGCUAUGGAAGACAAGGUCAGCGGGAGUCUAGGGGGCCUGGGGGAAUAGCAGGCACUCUGGCAGUGCAGCUGUGCCAGAGAUCUCCUGUAGCCCCUGCACUGGUUCUCUCUUUAACAAGACUGGAGCCGUUCUCUACUGAGCACACACCGUUUCUUUGAUAUGCAUACAUAUAAAGGCAAAUUUUAAAAGAUUCUAUUUAUUUAUUUGAAAGGCAGAGUUACAAAGAAAGCAAGGGAGAGAGAGAGAGAAAGAGAGAGAGAGAGAGAAUGAAUUGAGAUCUUCCAUCCACUGCUUCAUUCCCCAAAUGGCCACGAUGACCAGGUCUGGGCCAGGCUGAAACCAGGAACCUGAAACUUCAUCUGGGUCUCCCACAUGGGUACAGAGGCCCAAGCACCUGGGCCAUCUUCCACUGCUUUCCCAGGCACAAUAGUAGGAAGCUGGAUUAGAAAUGGAGCAGCCAGAAUUUGAAUUGGCGCCUGAAUGGGAAGAGGCAGGAAGAGGCUUAGACCUGCUGCACCAUGGCGCUGGCUCCAAAGCAUAUACACCAGCUGCAUAUCAGCCCUGUUUCACCGCGCCUGCACCUUACUCAUCCUCUUUAGAUGAGCUAAAGUGGAAAUUUUCUCCUCCCUUCCCCCCAGAAUGAGCCUACAUCCAUUAAACAUUUCAUUCUAUAAAUUCUAUACAGUCAUGAUACCUGGUUGUAUGUCAUGAUUUUCUUUUCUGUUGUUGUUGUUCUUAUUUGAGGUUGGAGAGCUUGUCCUCAAAAUUAGUAGAAGAAAUGCAGAGAACAGACAGCAAGUCCUGUAUAAUGUAGUUUUUCACCUUGGAUAAACUGUGUAUCACAUUGGGCAGUAUUGAUGUCUUUGCUAUGAUUAUAGCUGCCUUUUAAGCAGUUGGCCUAGUCUGGAAUGUUGGUCUGUGUAAUAAAAGUUUUCAGCCCUAAGUGUAUUGCCUCACCUAUCCAUGGUUGGAUAAAUCGACAUUCUUCAUCUUGCAUUGACGCAUGCCAGUGUUAUUUCGUUGGGGGGCAUAUAUCUGUCUACUGUCUUAUUACUCAUUUAUUCAAGGAAAAAAUGGUGAACAUUAUCGGGCUUCAAAUCAAAACUAGUGACCAUUUCUUUAACUGUUGGCAGUCCAGUAUUUAAGGCAGACAUUCUUUUUAAAAGAGUGAUCUUACUUCUUUUUCUUUGUACCAGUAGGCAUUACUUUGUUGUUUUUUUUUUAUUCAACCAGAAAUAUAAAUCUUGAUUGCAUCUUAGUGGAGUAAGAUCAGCUCACUUGGGACUUUGUUUAGGAUGAACAAAGCUGAAAUGAAAGCUCCUUUGAUUUGAGGGCAAACAAGCAAGUAUUUCACCAACUCUUGGCGACUCUCACCAUCUGACCUUAAUUACUUCAUCAGUAGGGGAGGGUGUCACCGUGAAAACAAAGGGACACACACACACACACAGACACACAUCUUCCUUCCUCCCUAGUACCCCAAAACUAAGCAUUCAUACGUAGACUGUAUCAACAGUGUGAUAGACUGCUAUCUUAACACCACUCCAAGAGAGCAAACCCCUCUUCUAACACGCGUCAUUAAAUCUUUCAGUGCAUUUCUCUCGCCCCCAUUCCUGCUAUUUUUGAGACGCUCAGAAGAAACAGUUAUUAUUUAUGCAGGGUUUGUGCUCCCUCUGCUGGUUCUGUAAUUAACUAAUAAGUCUAAUUCCCAUAACUAUGCUGAUGUCAUUGAUUAUUUUUGUGCAUGGACAUGGAAUUACCCAAAUCAGCAUGUUCUGUUCAAACAUCAUCAGGAAAAUUAGCAGGGGUUCCGAGGAGGCCAGUUGGCCUCAUGAAGAAAAUGUACAUUGGACUUGGCUGAAUCUGUGUUUGAAAACCUUAAGUGUAGUUUUAUGCUUUUAUUUGCUUGGUGUCAGAGAAAAACAAUCCAUCAUUGUUUAAACUGGAAUAUUACUCCUACCCUCUCAGAGGAUUUUGCAAAUAUUUUUCAUCCUGAGAACAAGAUUUAUUAUAAUUUUUGUUUUGCAGGCGUGAAACAUAGAAGCUCAGAAAUGAUAUAAGCCUUGGUACCCAGAGCUCCUGCAGGCUAACGAAGUAGAAUCUAUAGGGCGGUAUCUCGUGGCCAGGGCCUUUACUUGCUGGAUCUGAAAUAUCCUUCUUUUUAAGUGUUGCUGUCUCGGUGUGGCCAUUUCUUUGCAUGGCAAUAGGCGCAUGUAGAGCACAGCUCUACAGUUGGGUUGGUUGAGGUUUAAUUCUGAUUCCAGCACUUCCUGGAUGAUCCUGGGUAGGCUCCCUUACCUACUAGACCUUUCUUGUCCACAAACUGGACAUAACGUGAUGGGCAAGACCUCUUGGAGUUAUUAUAAGAAUCAAAUGCAAUAAUGUACAGUGCAGAGCACUUGAAGUAUACAGAUGAUGAUCUGAAAUAGUCUUUUGUCAUAACUCAUGGCAAUUCUUUUUUCAACAGGAAAGCAGCUUCUUAUCUUGAUAAUAAAAAACUAAAACUUACUGUGAAAACUGGGAGGGCAUCUCUCAGAUGAGAAGGGUUCAAUUCACCAAGAAGAUACAUACACUACUAAACAAAUAGCUUGAUAGGAGAUGCAGAAUUGGAUGGAAUUUCAGGAGAGAUCAGCCAAAAGAAUGUAGACAUUCAAGACACAGCUCCUAGACACACUAAGCCAAUCUGACCAAAAUGUCAGUGCCAAAAAUAUGGCAUCCUGAUAAUAAAGAAUAUAGUUAAAGUUGGUCACUAUUCCAAUAUGCAGGGAAAAGACUUGAGAAAGCACCUUCCAGAGGUUAUGCAUUCAUUUAUUCAUUCUGCCUUAAAACCCACCUAAUUUGUUAUUCAUUAAGUAACACACACUUUCCCAGCUUGCUCUGGAACCUCCUUUUUCUCAGUCAACACCAGAUUCUGGCUGUCCUUCUGUGAUUGUGGUCAAUAUUAUUCUUGGCCUGCCUGAGUCUGUCACCUUUAGUGUUUAUAGAUACCACUACACCCGCACUACAGUAACACGCUGGGCAAAGCAGACAGAGAGAUAACUGCAGUCAGGAUGGGCUCCAUGUCUUGUGACCGUCCCCAAGCCAGGUGCAGUAACUCUUGGCUGAGCCGGGUCAGCCCUCUUUGCAUGACCUGAUGAGAGAGGGUUCCAUUGCUGAGGGGCCUUAGGAAGGGAAAAGAAAGAGGCAAGCAGGUCUCCACGCUGAGUCUCUCGGAGCUGGCUCUUGUGGUCUUGCCUGAGGUUCCUCCAGCUUGUGUACAUGGUGGUAAUUUCAGCCGUGUGAAACGUACGUGCCUGUGGGAGGAAGCCCAGGCUUACUGGCCUGCCCAAGGAACACUCCCAUUAUGUUUGCUUUCCAGCUGUUUUAAAAUGGGGACCCUUGUGGUGGAGUUGCUUGCUGUGAUCUGAUUAUUUAACUUCUAAUUUUUACCUGUGCUUUUCACAGGCCUGCCCUCUGCCAUGGAAACAUUUGGAACUUAUACUUUAAACAGUGGAGGCCACUUUGGUUGUUGAUUUAAAACAUGCUAGAGGUUUCAUAAUGGUUAUUAAUGUUGGCCAGCACUGACCCCUGUGCAAAUAACCUGUUGAUGUUGGACAAGGAUGAGAGGCACUGAACACAAUGCAGGAAAUGGAAAGAGAUCAGAAAGAAAAGAGUCUUAUUAGCUUAGUCACAAUGCUUCGUGGCUUAACAUGGAGAUCAAUUAUCUGUGCUUAAGAGGUAUCCAGACUCGCAUUAUUUGGCCAACUCGUGGAAAUUAGGCAUUCUCUUCAGGGAAAUUUCAGAGGGGUUUUCAAACUGUGUUUUGCUUUGCAAUUUCAACAUUGUUGAUUUUAUAAAAUCACUGUAGAUCAUAUAAAAUCAGAUGUAAAUGUAUAUGUACUUAAAGCAGGAAAAAAUUAUUAUGCCCUUUUGGAAGCAUAGUGGCCAUUGUGUGAGCCAUGCAUUCUGUCCGGUAAGUCCAUUUCUGUAGACUGUUCAAAAAUUGGCAGGGAGUUCACUCGUUGGCCUGCUGUGGAAAGAGGAAACUAGCAUACUUCUUCCCAACUGUUUUUUUUUUCAUCAUCGGACUCCCUUUCCUUCAUUUGUUCGAUGACCAAGUGUCAGUUUGUUCCUUGCCCAUACCCUGUGUCGUUUCUCAGUGUACAAAUGGCAGCUAUGAGACAGGAGAACACGCAUGUUUGACAGCUGCCCCAUAAAUUAUGCAGAAGAACAAGUUAAGGACAACUGCAGUGGACUUUUUAAAAAGCAGAUCCGUGGCUGGGUCAAGAAUUUCCUUUGGAAAGCUCGCUUGCUUUGUUGGCACCAGCCAUUGCUUCAUGAAUAUCUUAUCAACUAAAAUUAUUCAACUGUAUCCAUUUAGUAUAGUGUUAGCAUGGUUUGGGGGAUAGUGUCAGAGUGAACUCAAAACUUAGAACCAAGUAAAAUGUUGUGCUCUGCAAAACAGAGGCAAAAGGCAAUACAUGUAUGCUUUGGAAUCCCAAGCAUUAAAUCAAUGCAUGAACAACACCAGUUGGGAUCGGGGGAAGAUGAUCUUAGAAGCCUGGCCCAGCUGGAACUGACCUGGUCAUGCAUUUUGUUUUCUGUGAGCAUAGAGUUCCUAGCACAUGCCCCUGCCUUCAGUGAAAUUACAGAGAGAGAGAGAGAGAGAGGCAAAUUUCCAUAAAAUUACCUUUGCAAAGUUAGUGUAUAUUCCCAUGCCGGUUUUGGAGAAUGACAUAUGGCAGCUGCUUUAUGGUUUCUUGGAGGAAAAAAAACAAAACAAAACAAAACAAAACAAAGGACUGCCCUCAUGUUGGUAGCAGAGAAAGGAAGUGUGUUUGUGACUGACGUCUAAGUCUUUCCUGCCUCCGCCACUGCAGCACAGAACCUCCAGCACCAACCUACCACGUGAACUUUUUGCUUGCAGUUGUCUGCCCCUCAUCCUACCCCAAGAGUGUACGUCUGGGGAGUGAUGGCUGGAAACUAAGACUUCCCAAGGGAUUAUUUGUCCUCUGUACAUGGGACUCAGCGUUGAGGCCCAUGCUGCCGUCCGUGGCCCAAGCAGCCGGGUUAGCUGGCCGUAAAAACAUGGCGGGGUAUUUCUGGCAUACGCUGGUGAUGAGCUGGUUCUGUCUGGCUGCCCCAGUUUUCUCUCGGCAGCCACUGUUCAUUCCAGCAAUGGAUUCCUGUUGCUUCAGAGGACUGAAUUCCAAAUAAACAACGUGAAUAUGUUUAUCUUCAAAUCUCUGUUUAUAGGGCUGUGAGUGUGUGUGUGUGUGUGUGUGUGUGUGAUGAGAAGCUUGAGUAUCUGUGGGACUCAAUAAAGAGAAAGCUGAUGACCUAAUGCAUAAUAUUAAAUGAUUAUGACAUGAGCGACAGUUACCUGGCGUCAGCAAGCUGGUAGUUAUUUUAAGGAAGGGAAAUGGUGUUUUAACACAAGUAGGCAGGUGUGCUUGGGAAGGAAAGAGAGUUUCGCUCAUCAAGUAGCAUUUAGGUAGGUAAUUGGCAGCUCAGCUCUUUUUUGAAAGUGAUUUUGCUUUCAUAUUUUUCUCCCAUUUAUUUACAGUCUUGAGUGACCCUGUUUGGUUCUUCGUUGCACCAUGACCGAAGUGACAGACUUUGGUCUCUGUUGGAUUAAUCAGUGUGUUCUUUGAUCCAUGGCAUAUGUUCCCCACAGACAUUUAAAGUCAACAUAUUCAGCAUCCCGGGUCUGGCGGCUCAGGAUUGUUAACUGAGCUGAUAGACUGGUUUGAGUAUUUGCAUCCAAAACACUCCUCCCCGUGCACACAUCCACUCCCAACAACACAAAUAUUGACUGUCCCAAUCAUUCAUUAGCAGUUAAAAAUUUGAGAGCAAUUAUUUUUUUACUACGCUUGCCUUGAAAGACACCAUUAAUUACAUUGAUUGCCUGUGGAUCGCGGCCAGUUUCGGUGUCCCGGGAGCUCGCACCUCACCCAGAGAUGUACCUGCAGCUCCGAGGAACGCGGCCCGGGAGUCAUCCGGGCAAGCCACGCGCUGAUACUGCUGCCUGAAGUGAGAUGCCGAGCCCCUACCUGCCGCGGCGAUCCACUCCUCCCGACUUGGAGCGCGUGUGGGUUGGGAUUGGCUGCUGCGGUCAACGGCAAAGACUUAUCCCGGGCAACUCAUGACCAGGCCGUGGAAGCGUUCAAGACAGCCAAGGAGCCCAUCGUGGUACAGGUAUUGAGGCGAACACCAAGGACCAAGAUGUUCACGCCUCCCUCCGAGUCGCAGCUGGUGGACACAGCCACGCAAACGGACAUCACCUUCGAACACAUCAUGGCUCUCACCAAGAUGUCCUCCCCGAGCCCACCCGUGCUGGAUCCCUAUCUCCUGCCAGAGGAGCAUCCGUCCGCCCACGAGUACUAUGAUCCAAACGACUACAUUGGGGACAUCCACCAGGAGAUGGACAGGGAGGAGCUGGAGCUGGAGGAAGUAGAUCUCUACCGAAUGAACAGCCAGGACAAGCUCGGCCUCACGGUGUGCUACCGGACGGACGAUGAAGAUGACAUUGGGAUUUACAUAAGUGAGAUCGAUCCCAACAGCAUCGCAGCCAAGGACGGGCGCAUCCGAGAAGGAGACCGCAUUAUUCAGAUCAAUGGGAUAGAAGUACAGAACCGCGAGGAGGCAGUCGCCCUUCUCACCAGCGAGGAAAACAAGAACUUCUCACUGCUGAUUGCAAGGCCUGAACUCCAGCUGGACGAGGGUUGGAUGGACGAUGACCGGAACGACUUCCUGGAUGACCUGCACAUGGACAUGCUGGAGGAGCAACACCACCAGGCCAUGCAGUUCACCGCCAGUAUGCUCCAGCAGAAGAAGCAUGAGGAGGACGGCGGGACCACAGACACCGCCACCAUCCUGUCCAACCAGCACGAGAAGGACAGCGGCGUGGGGCGCACGGACGAGAGCACGCGCAACGACGAGAGCUCCGAGCAGGAGAACAACGGCGACGACGCCACGGCGGCGCCCGCCGCGGCGCUGCCGGGCCACAGGAAACUCACCUGCAGCCAGGACACCCUGGGCAGCGGCGACCUGCCCUUCAGCAACGAGUCCUUCGUGUCUGCCGACUGCACGGACGCCGACUACCUGGGGAUCCCGGUGGACGAGUGCGAGCGCUUCCGCGAGCUCCUGGAGCUCAAGUGCCGGGCGGGCGGCGCCGGGCCCUGCAGCCCCUACUAUGCCGGCAGCGGCCUGGACGCCGCCAAGAGCGACCCCGAGAGUGUGGACCAGGAGCUGGCGCUGCUCAACGAGGAGCUGCGCAGCAUCGAGCUCGAGUGCCUGAGCCUGGCGCGCGCGCACCGGGCGCCGCCGCUGCGCGAGCCGGGUCGGGAGCCCUGGGCGCUGCCCCACGGCGGCCUGCGCGCCUGCACGGCGGGCGCCGACGCGCGCCGCCGCGAGCUCUCCGACAUCACCGAGCUGCCGGAGAGGUCCGACAAGGACAGCUCGAGCGCCUACAACACGGGCGAGAGCUGCCGCAGCACCCCGCUCGCCCUGGAGAUCUCGCCCGACAACUCCCUGCGGAGGGCAGUCGACGGCCUAGGCCGCCCGCGCGGUGACAGCGCCACCGAAGCCGCCGGGCCGGCCGCCAACAGCCUGCUGGCCAUCACCGAAGACCCCGAGGUCGGCUCCCCAACCUACGGCCCCGCGGCCACAGAGCCGGGCCCCGGCCAAGCCCUGGAGGGCCACGAGCGCCGGGCGGCCGAUGGCAGCCGCAGCCCCGCGAGCAGCCCGACGCCGGGCCCCGCGCACGCGGCCUCGUGCCCGCACUCGCCCUACAAGCACGCGCACAUCCCAGCGCACGCGCGCCACUACCAGAGCUACAUGCAGCUAAUCCAGCAGAAGUCGGCCGUAGAGUACGCGCAGAGCCAGGUGAGCCUGCUGAGCGUGUGCAAGGACCUGGGCUCCGCGGGCGCGUCGGAGCCGAGAAUGCAGUGGAAGGUGAAGGUGCGCAGCGACGGCACGCGCUACAUCACCAAGCGGCCUGUGCGCGACCGUCUGCUGCGCGAGCGCGCGCUCAAGAUCCGCGAGGAGCGCAGCGGCCUCACCACGGACGACGACGCGGCCAGCGAGCUCAAGACCGGGCGCUACUGGAGCAAGGAGGAACGCAAGCAGCACGUGGUGCGCGCGCGCGAGCAGCGGCGCCGGCGCGAGCUCAUGAUGCAGAGCCGCCUGGACUGCCUGCGCGAGCAGCACGCGGCCGACGAGCGGCGCGAGCUGAGCAUCCUGGAACUGAGCCACAAGAAGAUGAUGAAGAAGCGCAACAAGAAGAUCUUCGACAACUGGAUGACCAUCCAGGAACUGCUCACGCACGGCACCAAGUCGCCGGACGGCACGCGAGUGUACAAUGCCUUCCUGUCGGUGACGACGGUAUAAUCGGCUGCAUCCCCUUCGCGCGCGUGCAAGAGAGACCACCCCCGGUGGUGCAGAGAGAUUCCUGCCUCGUUCAAUGCGGCAAGCUCCUGUAUAUACGACAAGCGCGGCCGUCGUGUGUAUAGUCCAGACGGGCCACCCCCUCCCCAGCACCGGGUGCCAUAGCUCUAUUUUAAGAGGAGGGGCAAAACGCCCUUUUCCUACCUGGGAGGUGGAUAUGGACAGCUUUUUGCAAAUAGCGGUUGUACUUUUUUACUUGGUACCUUUUACAUAAAAGUGUUUAAAUUUCAGAAAGAUCUUUUAUUAAGCAUACUUUCACAGAAUAAUUUGUUUAAAACUAUAUUCAUAUGAGAAAAACGCGCUUCCCCCGCCCCCCGCCUAAAACACAAAUAACAAUCGCCGGUCUGUAUUUUUAAUGGAACCCCUAUUUUAUAACGUUCCUUUGUUGAAUGUGUUUCAUACGAGUGACCAUUAAUAUAUUAUUUAGGUCGAGGUUUCAACCCAAAGCCACCGAAGGCUGUGGUUAAGGAGCGAAUGCACGGAACCAAACCAGCAGUGUUGAGAGUCGGGAUGUGCAUUUCAGCAUCCUUCUGCUCAAGGUUCCCCAGAGUAUAAAGGUUUUAUUGGAACCCAGAAUAUAACGCGGCUUUUUGGCAGUUGCAGGCAUGUUUGCAAAUAAUGCAGCCAUUGGAAGAAUUUGCAUGGAAAGGAGACAGUUUGUGGAAUUUCAAGUGCUCAUUGUAGUAAACCUUUGCUUUGUAGAUUUGAAGGCACAGACUUAUACAAGCAAGUUCAUGAAAUCAUGAUUAGUUACAAACAUUAAGUAAAAUGAAGUUAAAAUAAAUUAUUAUUUUCUAUUUGA